GCCACAAAGCGGACUGUCGGCUCACGGCAGUGGCACCUCGCCGCUUCAGGGUGAAGAUGUUCGGCAGUCUGUGCGCCCGUAAGCUGGCUCGCCGAUCGCGGUCCGCGUUAAUAGCCGCGCUGACAGUGCUGCUGGUCCAAACGCUCAUCGUGUGGAACUUCAGUAGUCUGGACACUGGAGAAGACCGAAAAGACAACGGAAGGGAGAAGAGGGACCGAAUCGGCAUCAACAAAGCCUACAGCGAGUACCCGAAGAGCGGCUUCCAGAAGAGGCAUCACCAGCCGCCGCUGGGAAAGGCGUCCAAUCGACAUAAACAGCAGCCGGAUGGCUACUAUUCACACCGGCCCAAGGAGAAAGUCCGUGUGGACAGCAACAAUGAAAACUCUGUUCCCAAAGACUUUGAGAAUAUAGACAACAGUAACUUUGGUGCUCGUUCCCAAACACAGAGACACGCACCUGGCAAGCACAAACAAGGCCUUCUGGAAAAGGCGCAUGCACAGCAAAGCCUGAGCAAGAACUCCAAUGAGGUCAUUCAGUAUGCACAGAACAAAGCUGGCCUCAAUCAGACGCACACUGAUCUUCACCAGAGGGCCAAUCCCACCCUCCGCCCACAGCCAUCCCAGCAACACCGGCACCACUUCCAGCGACCCAAGCGAUCGAUCACACCCACUGCUGACAUCAAGUAUGACCAGCCGCCCAAAUGUGAGAUCAGUGGAAAAGAGGCAAUCUCUGCCUUGUCCCGUGCUAAAACCAAGGAGUGCCGGCAGCAGAUAGUGGAGGUUUACUGCCGCCACAAAGAACAUCAGCUCAUGCCCGAGAAGGUCACCCGUUACUGUCCUGUAGAGGGCAAAGUAAACAUGAAUGUGCAAUGGGAGGAGGACUCAAUGGAGACUGUGCCUGCAGUACCAGUGCGGAUCGCCUUCAUGUUGGUGGUCCACGGACGCGCCGCACGCCAGGUGCAGCGUCUCUUCAAGGCCAUAUACCACACGUCUCACUUCUACUACAUUCAUGUGGACCAGCGAUCCAACUACCUGCACAGGCAGAUGGUGGCUCUCGCUCACCAGUAUCCUAACGUCCGGGUCACAUCGUGGCGCAUGUCUACAAUAUGGGGUGGUGCCAGCCUGCUCACCAUGUACCUGCAGAGCAUGAAGGACCUGCUGGCCAUGAGGGAUUGGUCCUGGGAUUUCUUCAUCAACCUGAGCGCAGCUGAUUACCCAAUCAGGACCAAUGAUCAGCUGGUGGCCUUCCUGUCCAAAUACAGAGAUAUGAAUUUCAUCAAGUCUCAUGGGAGAGACAACGCUCGAUUCAUCAGGAAACAGGGUUUGGACCGGCUUUUCUUUGAGUGCGACACCCAUAUGUGGCGGCUUGGAGACAGGAAAAUUCCAGAAGGAAUAUCGGUGGACGGAGGCUCUGACUGGUUUCUGCUUAACCGGAUGUUUGUGGAGUACGUCAUUAACACUCAAGACGACCUUGUGACUAACAUGAAGCGCUUCUAUGCGUACACGCUGCUGCCUGCAGAGUCGUUCUUUCACACGGUUCUGGAGAACAGUCCGCACUGCGAGAGCAUGGUGGACAACAACCUACGCAUCACCAACUGGAAUCGAAAGCUGGGCUGCAAGUGUCAAUACAAGCACAUCGUGGAUUGGUGCGGCUGCUCGCCCAACGACUUCAAGCCUUCCGAUCUGCCCCGUUUCCAGCAAACCACCAGGCCCACAUUCUUCGCGAGGAAGUUUGAAGCCAGUGUAAAUCAAGAGAUAGUGAACCAGUUGGACGUCUUCCUUUUUGGGAGUUUGCCCCAGGGCACGCCGGGUCUCAAGGCCUACUGGGAGAAUGUUUUUGAUGAAGCGGAUGGGAUUCACAGCCUGCCCGACGCACAUCUCACUCACUAUCAUGCCUUCGCCCGAUUGGGUUUGGCACGAACCGCCAACUCGCUACAGGGUGACCCAAAUGACAACAGCUGCAGGUAUUUUGCCAUGGGCCAUCCGGUGUCUGUCCACAUCUACUUCCUGUCCGAUGAGUUUCAGGGGUACCUGGUCAGGCAUCACGCCACCAAUCUGGCAACCAGCAAACUGGAAACCCUGGAGACCUGGGUCAUGCCCAAACAGUUCUACAAGUUCACCAAUCCACCCAAAACCUUCACCCGACUGCAGUUUGCCGAGAUUGGAACAGACUGGGACGCGAAGGAAAGGAUAUUCCGGAAUUUUGGAAAUAUGAUGGGGCCCAUGGAUGAGCCUGUGGGAAUGCAGAAAUGGGGGAAAGGCUCAAAUGUGACCGUGACUGUGGUGUGGAUUGACCCCACUAAUGUGAUCGCUGCAACUUACGACAUCCUGAUCGAUGCCAGUGCCGAAUUCACACACUACAGGCCUCCGCUGAACCUGCCCCUGCGACCCGGCAUGUGGACCGUCCGAGUGCUGCACCACUGGAGCCCCGUGGCGGAGACUCGCUUCCUCAUCACUCCACUCACACACCACAAACACCUGCCUAUACGCCACGAGGACGCUUUAAAAAUGCACAACGGACCGGCUAAGAACAGCUACAUGGAGCAGAGUUUCCACGGCCUGAACCCCAUCCUCAACAUCCCGGUGCACCUGGGUCAGGUAGAGGCAGCCGAGCACAACGCAGGCCUCACGGGGUCUGAGCUGGAGCGCUGGGUGGACAGUCUGGUGGGCGACGUGUGGUCAGCAGUGGACGUGUGCUCGACAGGUCCCAGUGGAUGUCCCGUCAUGCAGACUUGCAGGGAAACGGUGUGGAGCUCUCUCACCCCAGACCCAAAAUCCCAGCUCCGCCCACCCAAAAACAACGGACGAAUCAGGUAGCAGCUUUCACUGUCCUGAAGGCUCGCCUUCCUUCAUUUUUAAGGCCGUUUAGUUUUUAAUAUUUAUUUAUCCAGCGCCGCUCAUGUCAAUAUGAGCACAACAGGCCUCUCAAACGCAAGACAUGAGGCUAUGAAAGUGUGCGCCGGGACGUUUUUACUACUUUUUAAAACAAAUGUGCUCUCAAUCUCAAACUCUGAGUGCUCUAGUGAUGUGAGUGCUGUAAGGCGUCUUGAUAUUUAAUUUAUUUUGAUUACUGUGAUUCAAUCUUUUGUCAACUGGACGCAGCGGGUGAUGCCUAUGUGUAGGUGUUCCCGCUGAAUGCUGGGAUUUGGGAUAUUAAGCACAGAACGGACCUUAACACUGGUUACAAGACCAAAAGUGAUGUUUGUACAGUAAGCCUCUAUUUUAAAACACACGUGCACCUACAGUAAAUGAUGGAAUGAGUGUUUUUCAGCCGGUAGCUUAUUAUAACCAGUGUUUCAGUUCAUAUUUAAGUGCUCAGCACAAUAUUGCUGGUUUCUUUAGUUUACCCAAAAACACUCACACUUCCCUCCUUUUUAUAAGCCUUUCACUUGAUCAAAUACAGUGAAACUGACAUUUAAAGCCUUCAGUCUCCCCAAAUGAUGUCUAAUGUUUGGGUUUUAAUAAGUUAUUGGUUGAAAAGCAUCUGUUUUUCAUAGAAAUUGAGUUUUAGACAAGUCGUGGAGAUCCAGUGUUGUGCAAGAUGCCAACCUCCACACAAUCCUAUUGCUUUUGGAGAGAGGUAAUGCCUGUUCAGAAAUAGAUCACUUUGUCCUGAUGUACACCAUAAAUAGGCUUUUCGGUUUUUACUUUUGAAGAUGUUGCUAUAAGUUAUAUGUAAAAAUGACAGAUGAAUGCAUGUGUUCUGAGCUAGCAGAGUGAACA